CGGGCGCCGCAUUGCGAGUCGAGUCGUGGACGAGAGCGGAUCUGCAAUCGGCGGCCGUGCGAACAGUGCCCACCGUGCGCCGCAACACGCACCCCCGAACCACCCCCGUCGCGUCGGAACAGUCCCUCAGUGUCGACCAGCGAGUGCGUGAUUCUGUUCGUGCUCGGUGUCGAGAAUUUUCCGGUGGUGUCGAUGAACGCACGCUGAACAAGAAAGGAAAAAGAAAAGGAUUUCAAGCAAGUCAAACAACUUGGAUUAUAACAACGCACGCGGUCGAGACGAGCCUGCCGGUGAGCAGUGAGGACCUGACUGCUGACUGACUGCCCCGGCCUCACUCUCAACUCUCAGGCGCAGCCUGCUUUUAGAGUCGGCGGAGAUGCCAGCUGCCUGCUUUGGCCCCUUCCAUCGCGCACAAUAAGAGCAGGAGAGGCCGCCAAGAAGCUGCUCUCGCGAGGACGUCGACUGGCCGAACGAACCGCCUCCGCCGCCCCGACUGAAAAUGAAUCAGCCGGCACGGCUCAGUCUGAUGCUGCUGGUGGCGGCUGCGUUGGUGAAUACGGCGUUGGCCCUGGAGCAGAGGUUUGCGAUCCAGCCCAUGAGCCAGACGGCCAUCGUGGGCACCAGAGUCACCCUUCCGUGCCGAGUGGAGAACAAGCGCGGCACCCUGCAGUGGACCAAGGACAGCUUCGCUCUCGGUGCCAACCGCAACCUCUCCAGCUACCCCAGAUACUCGAUGAUUGGCAGUGACGAGGAGGGGGACUAUUCUCUUGACAUCAACAACGUGAGCCUUGAAGACGACGCCGAGUUCGAAUGUCAAGUCGGUGCCGGUGCAGGAAUGCCGGCCAUCAGGUCGAGGAAGGCCAAACUCACUGUGCUGGUCCCACCCGACCCGCCCGAGAUUCUGCAGGGCCGCGUGCUGACCACAACAGAGGACCGCGAGAUUGAACUUGAGUGUGUGUCCAGAGGAGGAAAACCAGCAGCAGAGAUCACCUGGCUGGACGGACAGGGCAACGUAAUCACGUCGGGCAUCGAGACGGUGGUCGAGCCGCUGCCCGGCGACAAACGGGUCACCGCCAAGUCGAUCCUGAAGCUGAUCCCCAAGAAGGAGCACCACGGGCAGAACCUGACGUGUCAAGCGCAGAACACGGCCGACCGGAACCACCGCAGCGCCCGCCUCCGCCUCGACGUCAAGUUCGCACCUAAGGUGUCGGUCAAGGUCACACAUCCUGUCGACCGGAAGAUCGCCGAGGGUGACGAGGUCAAGCUCUCCUGCACGGCUGAGGCGAACCCCACCGACGGCCUCAACUACAGGUGGUACAUCAACGACGAGCCCGUCAGCGGCGAGCACACGACAGAGCUACUCAUCACCAACGCCACCCGCGCCAUGCACGACACGAUUGUCAAGUGCGAAGUUAAAAACGUGGUGGGCAAGAGCGAAGAGUCGGAGACGCUGGACAUCACAUAUGGUCCCCGUUUCAAGGACAGACCAAAAAACGUGCAGGCCGAGAGUGGGGCGCAGGUCACGUUAAGCUGCGACGUCGACAGCAAUCCGCCAGCGAUUAUCAGUUGGCUGCACGGAGAAACAUCAAAGGUGAUUGCAAACUCCAACAAUUUGUCGCUAACGGUGAGCACGCGGACCGCUGGAAGAUACAUUUGCGUGGCCAACACGAACGGUUUCACAGUUCUCACCGCAGAGGCUCAAGUAUACCUCAAGGGGCCACCAGACAUAAUUUCCCGGCUCACCCAGUACGGCUCCGUGGGGGAGAACGUCAGGCUUGAGUGUGUGGUCUUCUCGGUGCCAAGGCCGGAUAGGGUCGCCUGGAGCAGGAACAACCGCGAGCUACACGCAGCGCUCGACCCCGAGGUCAGUAUCAGCGAGGAAAUGCUUCCUGAAGGCAUCAAGAGCACCCUGGUGAUCAGAGGCGCCCAGAGCGCGCACUUUGGCGCCUAUAACUGCACCGCCACUAAUGGCUACGGCACUGAUGUCGCCGAAAUCAAUCUUAGAGUACAAGAUGGACUGAAAAACCUGGAGAUCAUCUUCUACGGCGCUCUGGCGGCCGUUGUCUUGGUACUCCUUGUUGCUUGCAUCUGCUUCUGCAGAUGCAAAAGAUCUCCCAAAAAUUUACAUCACCCGACUCCGACAGUACUGGUUGACAUGCCUGAGAAGUCAGGUAAACUCUCCGACCGAUCUUCGAACGACUCUGACCUGAAAGUGGACAUCAGAACCUCGUCUUCCUUGAGCAACGUCCACGAGGACACAAGUGACCGGUGGGAAGACAGAAGCGACGUUCCCACGCCAAGACUGACGAAUGGUGGCGAUACCAUCUACAGAUAUUCUGCGGAUUAUACAGAACCUACUCUGCCUCUCAAAAGUGACGGCGCCAACAACAACGGCUACGUGCCUUUCGUGGACUACUCGCGCGAGUACAACCCCCCGGUGGCGCCGCCGCGCAACAACUACAUUGACCCGCAGUACUCGGCCACCUACGGCAACCGGUUCGCGCGCGCGGCGCCGCACACUGCGCUGCCGACGCCAGCGGGCAUGACGUCGCCACCAGGCCGCGUGUCUUCACCGCCGCUGCAGCCACCGCCACCAGCGUACAGUGCCACCGUCGGACGCAACGGCUCGAUCGCUGUGCCGCUCACGCAGUCACGCAUGUCCAGCUCCAACUCGCUGCACAUCAUGCAGCCAGGUGGCCCCGUCGGCGGCGCCGCCAAGCGGGGCAACACGCUCGCCACGCACGUAUAAUAUAAGCCCGGCAGUGACCACGUGACGCGUGUGGUUAGCUGCCAGCCCGAGGAGCCGAUCAGGACGACCGAGAUGAUCUAAGAACCUUUUUUGGUGUCGUCGGAACGAUUGCGUACAGUAUAGUGUGCGAACACGUCGUCGUAGGAACUGCGUCUGGUUUUGCGCUUUCGAAGUGAUAUCUUUUCAAAAGUGAUAUGAUGCCACGAGAAAAUUCUGCCGCAUGUAAAUUUUAAGCUCUGGUUAAUGUAAGAUACUGUGUGCGAAGUGGCGCGAUCAUCAUUCGCACGAACACUAUGCUGUUAUGAAGAGAGAGAAGUGCUCAUUAUAUAUGAAAAUUGUAUAUUUCAAAUCGAAAAGCCAAUCGAAAUGGAGGGUAUAAAGUUUCAGGGCUCUGCCGAUUCUCAAGUGGUGUUAGCCUGUUUUUUUAUUUGACGUUCUUUUCGGUUGGACAACCCUUUUUUUAAACGUUUUCAAACGUUGACUGAUGAGAAAAGUAUAUCAGUAAACUCGCGCUCGUCAAACAGUGGAAUGUGUGUAAAUUUCUCCUCUUUUGGUCCUAGUCACUGCAGUGAAGGUGCUUUCAAUUCCACUGUCUGGGAGUGAUGAACCAUAUCCUUUUGCGCUCGCAGGUCGAUUUCGUCCUGAAACCCUAGUGUUAUCAGCCAGGCACCUCCGAGAGAACAAGAGCAACCGCCCUGUAAAUUUUGUGAAUAAAUUAAAUAUAAGUGCACCCCCCUCCCCCAGGCGGGGUGGCCUUUAAUUUAUUGAAUUGCGGUGGUUUAAAAGUUUGAUUUUUCAAAAAGGGUCCGUUGCGAGGAGACGGAGACGAACAAUUAUCAAUAUUGAGAGACCCACGACUGACUGAAAAAGAUUUUAAGUCCGUAGCAAUUAAACAAGGUACUAAAAGAGAGAGAGAUCUGUAUUUCAGUGUUCAAACUGUACUGUAUAAAGCUGCUAUGUAAUCAACAUUUUUCUUUUUCAAAACAAGUAAAGAAUGAGGCCGUCCAGGCGAAGUUGGAGCAAAAUUCACUGGCGACCCUGACGCGAAUCCAAAAGUUUGUCUUUUAUUUUGUUGAAAUACACGACUGCGCGGAGAGCAGAUGUGACACGAAUCCAAAGUGGCAUUUACGUUCCUUAAAAUAACAAAAAGCAAAUUCAACGUUUGAUAGCAUAUCACUAAAAGCGAGCGAGCGCUGCUGCCGAAAGACUUAAAACUACAUCUCAAUUAUGUACACACACACCAAAGAAGCGUGUUUUUCGGGCGGGUGAGUCAGCGCAUCGCUCAGUUUCGAUUCAAGAUUUGUAAGAAACGGGAAAAUGUUGCGUCAUGUUUUCCACCGUUGUCGCCGACCUUUGGUUGAAACUCACACAUAACUAGGGAGCCGUCCGAGGCGAUUCACAAAAUUCGUCAUCUAUCUCAUAGUUGUUGAGUGUGCAUGACUACAUACUUUCUAGAUGCAGUUAUAUUCAUUAGACAGAAAGAGAGAUUGUUAUAAAUUAUACGCUCAUGAUCGUUCGUUGCAACGUGCAAGCCUUAAUAUUGCGAUCGAAUCUCGAUUCUUCCAUUCUGGUUAAUUGAUUGAUCAAACUGAUUAAGAUCAACGACUUCUCUGUUGAUAAUAUAUUCAAAUAUUAUUGAUCGAGGGUUUUAUGUGCAAAGUAGAGAGCCUAAAAACAAAAGCAUUAAAAUGGAAUAAAUGUUGGUGCAUCUUCUCGCCCCCGAAUCCAGCCCCUACCUCCACAGUUGAUUCCCUGACUAAUUAUCGCUAAGUAUACACAUUUACAAAGAUAAUUAUCCUGGAUUAUUAACGACUUGCACGUUCAAUGGCAGAUAUUAACGAAAAUGUUUCAUUUUUUGUAAAUAAAAACUUUUAUAUGUCGAAUUAUGAGAUAAAUAAAUGAAAUGUAAACUGGAAA